GUACCCAGUCGCAUUUCGUACGUCGUUCGAGCAAGUUUAGUAUCAACAUACUUUUUCGUGUUCGAGCUUUAUCUCCGACGUAUUUUCGAAUAGACAAAGAAAGAAAAAAGAUAAGAAAAGACAAAACAAGAAAGAUAGAAAGAAAGAAAGAAAGAAAAAUAACGAUGUGCCGAUCGAACUCGUGAACUCGGUCAGUGAAAGAAAAAUAUGGACAUAAAAUUGUUGUUAUCAUUAUCAUCGCAAUGAACAUUUUAAUUCAUCGUACAAGAAUGGGACAUAAAAUGUUGUCAGUAAAGAAGAGAUCUUUCUUCUUUAGGAGGAUCAUACGAAAGAACAAAUCAUUUGUGAUAAGUGUUCACGCAAUAAUAGCUUUUUGACGCGAUCGUCAAGAUUUCAGUGUUUUUUUUCCCUCCUUGUUUCAUUUGUUGACAUUGACUUUUUCUUCUUUUCGCUUUUUUACGGUUUCUUUUUUUUUUUUUCUUUUUUUUUUUUAUUAUUACUUUUCAUUAAAUACGACGAAGGAAAAUUGUGCGCGCGACACUCGUCAGAGAACUUUUCGUUUUAUCGUAGAUUUAUUUUUUUUCUCUUUCCGUUUUUAACUUUUAUUUUUUGUUUCUUUUUCUUUUUCUUUUUUUUUUUUUAACUGUUUUUUUUGUUAAACUUAUGAGCUUGAUAGAUAAAAUGCGCGAGUUCAACGAAACACGGGAGUAUAUGCUUUAAAAUGUGUAUCUGCCUGUGUGUAUGUUGUUUGUGCGUACGUGUUUGUAUAUAUACAUAUACGUGUAUACGUGUGUACAAUUUAUAUUGAAUCAUCUGGAGAAUCAUCUCAAAGUGGAUAGUUAUCUCGAUUGAUCGGGUCCAGUGUUAUAGCACGUCGAAUGAAAUCGUCCAUGUUAAAAGAUUAACGUCAGAGACAAACAGAUAAUAGACAUUGAGUUUGUCUCUUUGGCCACACGCAUCGAAUUCUGCUUCAUGUGCAUCUCUGCAACUUUUUCUCAAUGCACGUACGAGAAGUACAUACGCCAAAAAAUGAUUACGAUGCCGUCUCGUAGUUGUACGUUCGAAGAGAAAAAGGAACAAUAAAGGGAGAGAAAAAAAAACAAAGAACAAGACUUAUUUUCACGAAGAAAAGUGCAUAUCAUUAUACGUACAUAUAUAUAUAUAUAUAUUUAUGUGCGUAAUUGUGAUCAAACGAGACUGAAUGAUUGACUGAUUUUUACGUUGAAAAUUGUUUCGAACUAUAAAAUUAAAUUAUUAAAGUACAAGACGUUCAGUAUUAAGAAUAAACGAGUUAUAUAUAUAUACACAUAUAUUAUAUUUUUUUUGUGUGUUACAAGAAUACGCGUGUACAUAUACGUAUAUAUGUGCAUAUAUAUAUAUACAUAUAUAUAUAUAUACACACAUAUAAAUAUACAUAUAUUUUAAUAUAAAUAACAUAUAGAUAGUUUUAACAUUAUACUUUUACACGUGAACACGAAGAAUCACGCACAAACGUGUGACACUUUUUAUUGUUGUUAUUAUUAUAUUGUUAUCAAUGUUGUCCAAAACACAUCAACGCAAGAUGUUUCUCGGUGGUUACGUCUACGGUAAUCAGAAUCAGAACAGUCCACCUUCUCCAUCCAGGGGCAGCAUUUGGGGUAGUGCUUAUAGUCCCUUUCGAAAUACCAACAUGCCCCUGCAAGACAUCACGAUGAGCCAAACUUUACCAUUGACAAAUGGUACAAGUUCAAAAUCACCUGGGAAAACUUCUCCUAUUAGUGGUAUCGAGGGUGUACCAGGAAUGGCAUCAGCGGGGGUGGGUAGAACGAUGAAGGAGUAUGAGGAUCAGCUCGGUGCUUUGAAGAAAGAGAACUUCAAUCUAAAAUUGCGAAUAUAUUUUCUCGAGGAACGUAUGGGCAUUACUUCCGCCGACGAGGGUGCGAUUAAAAAGAACAUCGAGUUAAAGGUCGAAAUCGAAUCGCUUAGGAAGGAGUUAGCUGAGAAGCAGGAACUUCUUAGCCAAGCGGCAAAGGCAUUUGAGUUGAUUGAGGAACAAAAGGAAGUCUCCUCGCGGAAUCAGGCACAAUAUGAGCAAUCGCUUGAGAAGGAGCGUGAAAGGAUCGUGCAAUUGGAGAAAGAACUCGAGGAAUAUCGAGAAAGAGCAAGUGACGCUUCAGUUUUUUACAAAGAAGCGUUUGGUGUUACGCCAGAGAAAGCUUUGGAAAAUGAAGAAAAGCUUCAUCAAAUGGAAGAACUCGUUGCAUCCCUCGAGGCGGAGGUAAGACAAAUAAGUGCUAGCUUAGAAGAAGAACGUGAAUGGGCACAAGAAUUGGAAAGCGAAAGGGAUCAAUUUAGAGAUCGUUUAAGCGCAGAAAUACAAACGAGAGAAAAUCUGACUACCGAAAGGAUACGAGAUAUGGAUGAAUUAAGAGAACGAGUUAGAGAAUUGGAGGAUCAAGUUUUUAAAAAGGAUACCAUCGUUCAGCAAUAUAAAAGUGAAAUAAGUGAAAAGGAUAGAGCGAUUAAGGAGAAAAAUAUAUUACUGGAAGAAAAGUGUAGAUCAUACGAGGAAAUAUGUUCGGUUUCCGAUAGAAGAAAAAGACAGAUUGAUCAGUUGAGAAUGUCUGUGAAAGCAAGGGACGACGCUCUGACUGAUCUAAAUAAUAAACAUCGUGCUCUUUUAUCUCAGUUUGAAAACGGCUAUACAAAACGAUCACCGGUAAGCAGCCCCUCGACAGUAAGUCCAUUUAUAGAAUCCGUGUCGCCAAGGAUGGCACAAAAACUAACUUGUCUGCAGGGUUCAACGAAUAACGACAGUGCUGUAUUUGAACGGGAAACGAACAAGGAAAGAUUCAUCAAAGUUAAAUCGCCUACAACAACCAUGACAACCAGUAUUGAUGAAAUGGAAACUAAUAGAUUGGCGAAGGAAUUGGAAGAAAAGGAUCAAGAGUUGAAGAGACAGGAGGAAGAAAAAAAACAGUUGAUAUUGAAAUUGUGUAACGUGCAAAAGCAUGUAGAAAUAACGGAUCAAAAUUUCAAAAAGAUGGAAGGUGAACAUCAGAAGGCGGUUAAGAUGAUUCAAGGAUUUAUGGAGAGGCAACAACAGAUGGAAGAUAAAAUUGCGAGGAAAGAACGGAAGAUAGCGGAAUUGGAAGCUGUAUUGAAUAUUAGGUCAUCUGGACAGGAGGAUACAAAAGCAACAAGAAGACGCGAUGGGUCUGGCAGAAAGGAUUACAAUGUUGAAAUUACAGAAAAUCCAGAACGAGAUGAUAGCAAUCAGCAACGGUUUGAGGAAAUGGAAGCCAAAAUAAACGACCUGCGAGAUGAGAUAGAGACAAUCAAGGAGGAGAAACAUCGUUUGGAAAAGCAAAUACAGGUCGAAUCAGAGGAGUUACAAGAACGAAUCAACGACAAAGAUCAACGAAUAGAAUCUUUAGAAAUAGAAAAGAAUACGAUGAAAGAAGAAUUGCAAGAUAAGAUCAUCGAACUCGACAAGUUGAAAUUAUCUAUCGUGGAAACUCCGACUAAUGAAUUCAUCGAAUCUACGGAGCAACAAAAAUUGAUUCGAGAACUUCAUUCACGUAACGCAGAAAUCGUUGAGAAGAAUCAGAAGAUCGAACAAUUGACCAAAGAGUUGCAAGUGAAGACACAAAAUCUUCAAAAAUUGGUAAAUACCGAGUUAUGGAGUAAAAACAAAGAAAUCGCUAAAUUGCAUAAUCACAUGACGGCAAGCAAUCAAUUGGAUAGAAGUCGUAGUAAAACUGAUAUUUCUCAGGAAAGUGCUAGUACACAUCUGGGAACUCUUAUUAAGGAAUUAAAUGAGAUUGGUAUCAAAGUAUCAUUUACCAAUGAAGUGAUUCAAUUGAAUUACGUGAAUGGUAACGAGUCCAUAGACGUUAAAACGAUGAUCGAGUACGUUCAAAAAUUGGUAGAAAAGAAGAACGAAUUAGAAAAGGAAGUGGAUUAUCUUAAUUGGUUGAAACUGGUCACAAAGCCUGACAUUGCUGCGGAAAUUGAUGGAUGUGAGAAUGAAAGUGAAAGAACGAGAAGAUAUUGCGAAUUGUUACGUGCUCAUUUGAAGGAUCUCGUGAAAUUGAUGAAGGACAUCCUUAAGAACGCGAAUCACAUUGAUGCGAUUAGUCGUGAACAUAAUAAAAUUGUAUUGGACGUACUUCUAAGUUCGAAUAUAUUUUCCGAUGAUUUUGCACAAGUUUUAGAAGGGAUGACCAAAAACGUUAUGACGUUUGGUAUUAAAAAAUCGAUCGAAAACAAUGAAAAAACCGAUAGUGCCGUGAAAAAGAGUUAUUCCGAAAAUGUUUUGGAUUUAGCUAAAAGUCAUACAACAACGCAAUCGGAUUCGGAAGCUUUCUCCGAACCUGAUAGAAUAGUAUCCAUGGCUAGGAUCGGUUUGCAAGAAACUCAACACAAAUCUGUGAAUCGCUCUAGAUUUAGCAAACAUACGAAAACGUUUAGCGAUUCGGAGGAUUCGAUGGAUUAUAUACCAUAUCAUAAAACUUAUCAAGAUGAUUUACACGAUCUUGAUGCGAAUCAUCAUAUACAGGAACUAAAAGAAACAAAUAAUCUUUUGUAUUCCGAAUUGAGCGCUCUGAGGAACGAUCUUACUACCAAAGUUGACUAUGAUAUCAUAUUCGAUGAAAAGCUGAUACCGCUCAUUUUGAAGCUUGAGAAAUCGCAAAAAGUUUGUGAAAAAUUGCAAUCGUCGUUAGAAAAAAGAAUACAUGAGUGUCAUGUUUUGAGAAGAGAGAGUAAACAGAACAGUAUACGUAAAGGACAAUUGGAAAAGAAAAUAGCCGAUGUGGAGAGUAUGGUAGCUGAAAUGACUAAACAAAAAGCUGAACUCUUGCAGUAUAAAGAAAACACGGAAAAGAAGACAGCGGAAAUGUUAAUGGCACUUAAGAGAGAAAACGAACGAUUGAGAUCAAAAAUCAGAACGAUGGAAGAGGACAACGAAACUGCCAAAGUGAAAAUAUCAGCCUUGACAAAAGAAUUGGAUCAUCUUACUCUUUUACACAGUCAAAUUCUCGUCGAAAAUACGAAAUUAACUAACGAGAAAUUGAGACUUGAACAAGAAGUACGAAAAACCGAUAACAGAUACGAUAUGGCUGUUCGUUUAAUGCAAGAUAAAUUUAAUAAAGAGAUCUCAGAUUUGAAUCAAAUCAAUGAUUCGCAUAGAGCAAGAAUGGAAGAACUCGAAGCUACUAAUAAAGAACUCCGAAGACACGUUGCUGUUUGUGAAACUAGCGAUUCAGCACCAAGUUCAAGUGGUGUUUCUUCUAUACCAACAGAAAGCACAUUGAAACAAACAUGCGAAGAUAUUAUUCAAGAAUAUCAAACCUAUAAUCCUUCGCAAUAUUGGCAACCAAUAAAUUACCAAACUCUCGGUGGACGGAGUAAAUCCAGUUGUUCACCUGACUUAGGCAUUGAAAGUGAUGCAGCAGUUACAACAGUAAGACCACUACAAGAUACUUUAAAGAUUACCGAAUCAAUGACUAAUUUACUCAGCGAUGAUGACAACGGUAAUAGAAAUACUGCUGUUCGAGAGGUAGACAGCGAUAGUCCAUUGCCAAUCGAAGGUCUUGAUGAAAUAGAAGCACUCAAGCAAGAAAAUGAAAUGCUGAAACGGAGGUUAAUGAAAACGAGAAGAGCCCUGGAAGAUACGUUUCAACAUUUAUCGACCUCGAACAAAAACAAGAAAAAUGUUGAAAAAGCAAUCACUAAACAACUGAUGAUUACUAAAAGUAUACUAAAGAAAACGAGAACGUACGAUGAACCAUUGGAGAACUAAAGAAAAAUAAAUAUAAAAACCAAAAUAAAUUUAAUAUGUCUGUAGAAGAGAACGCAGAUACAAAAUGGACAAGGUUUUACUUAACCAAUUUGCGUUAAUCUUCAAAUUGUCCACCACGCAUCGUCCAGUUUUUAUUGUUACGUAUUUUUCAAUCCAACUGUUAUACUAUUCUACAGACUGUUGUUAUUUUUUUUAAACGAAACAUUUCGAAGUGACACGUAUAAUGUUACGAGUACUAAUAACAGCGAUAUUCUAUCAUUGUAAUUUUUGUAAAACAAAAGAAAAAAAAAAAUAUUUUCUUACUACAACGAAAUGUUUUGGAAAGGAAACGAGAAUGAAACCAUUUUUGUGCUUUUUAAAAUACGCGACUGUAUAAUACGAUAUUUGUAUAUACUUAUGGAGAAAGAUUGCACGCAAAACAUUGUAUAAAUCCUUUUUGAUUUAUACGUGCGUUAGUGACAGUUCUUUCUCCCUCUAUCUUUUUUUUUUUUCUUUUUCUUUCCUAUGGAGUAAGUUCUUGAUUAUGAACUUAUUCUUCAAUUAAUUAUUUUAUCGAUUACAUGAAAUCACACUCGCGAGUUUAAAGGUGUGCAUCAUUAUACGGCAUCUGUACAUAGUCUUCAUAAAUAAAGUGCCAUUAAUAUUUGCGGUUUGAAA